AUGUCAGCUACGAGCCGAACUGACCCACAAGAAAGCUGGGGAUCAUCCACAAGAACCAGUGCGGGUGAAGGUGGUGGCCCAAACAAGAGGCGCAGAGUUGCACUGGCUUGCAGCAACUGCCGGCAUCGGAAAACGCGGUGUGAUGGCAGCCGACCAAAGUGUUCGUUGUGUAGCGAACUAGGUUGCGAGUGCUUGUAUGAACAGGCUGGCGUUGCUACUAGUCUUACUGUCGGCAGAAGCUAUCUCGAACGUUUGGAAAACCGACUAAAGGACAUAGAGUCCACCUUGCAGGAAGUUCAGCGCGGUCAGAAAUCGGUCUCGGGCGAUGCUUCGUCGUCCACAGCGGAUGAUCGAGUAAGAGAUGGCCAGGUCCGCGGUCAGGAUGAAGAGGAGGAGGACGAAGAAACCAUGAACCAAGCGGCUUCAGACCAUCUCAUCUACCCCAACAAUGGCGGGAUUGGAGAGAUCGACAACGCCGAGGAUUCUAUAGAUGGUAUGGGGGCAAUCAAGUUCACCGAUGAAGAAGAUUGGGGAUAUUUUGGGCCCUCAUCUAACAUUGCUUUUCUCCGCCAUAUCUCGCUGGGCAUGGCUCGCAUUGGCAACUGGCGCGAGGCUUUCCCUUCACCUUCAAAUCAAGCCCGAGAAGUUUCGGGAGGGAUGAGCGUGUCACGUCCACAUCAAGCCGCCGACGAUGAAGCAGCCGAGAGGCGACAGUACCGUGCCCGCGCAGGGGUCAACAUCUAUGCUUUGCCCUCCGAGGCCCGCACGUGGAGCCUGAUACGCGAAUACUUCCAGAAGACUGGUCAGCUACUACCAUUCAUCCACGAAGAGUGGUUUUGUGCCACUUAUUUUGAGAUGAAGAGGAACAACUUCACCAUGGCCCGCCGGACGUGGCUUGGGCUGCUCAACAUCAUCAUGGCUAUGGCCGCCACCCUUUUCGUAGAGUCAAAUGUAUCUGCAGAAGAAAGAAUCGAAGAGUCCGAUGUGUAUUACCAAAGAGCCAACGGACUUUGCGAUAAAGAGUCACGGCGCAAUAUCAGCGUGGAACUAGUACAAUACCUCCUCAUCUUGGGACAAUACCUACAAGGAACGCAAAAGUCUGUUCAAGCAUGGACUGUCCAUGGAUUGGCAAUAACUACCGCUUUUCAGUUGGGCCUCCACUCUCCCAAAACCAACAACCGAUUUCCUCCCCUUGAAAGCGAAAUACGAAAGCGUGUCUGGUUUGGAUGUAUUCUUUUAGAUCGCACUCUUAGUAUGACAUUUGGACGCCCUUCCAUGAUACCCGAGGGCUACUUGAGGCUUGAGCUACCGGCUCCUACUCUACAAGUCAUGGGUCAAACACCACAACCUACUCCUGCUCCUCAAAUGGACGCCAUGUUCUUUACUGCCACAAUAACACUGUACAAUAUAAUGUACAAAAUCAUCGACUCCUGCUAUGGCCAGAACCUUGGAUUGGAAGAGUUCCGCACCGACUCCGAUCUAGUCACCCUCACACUCAAGGGAGAAGAACAACUUGACGAAUGGCAGUCAUCACUUGGGCCACUGCAGAUGUCAGUGUACAACACACCUCUCGGCCCCCAUGACCUUGAGAACAUGGACGAGGAUAACAAGCUCAUGGAGAGGUUCGUGAUAGUCCUGUCCGUGCGUUAUCAUAACCUUCAGAUUCUACUUCAUCGGCCUCUCUUGGAGAAGUUUCUGGACGACUGCGGGCGUGUAUCAGCAAGCAAUAACUCCAAGUCCAGCGCAGAUCGCAGUAUGGUGCAGCAGCUCGGCAUCAGCAGUAUCGAGACAUGCAUCACGUCGGCCAUGAUUGUUAUAUCCAUGGUUCGUACGGUAGUGAUGUCCAGUGGUUGGCGGCGUGACCUGCUUGGCGCUUGGAACUACUCUCUAUUCUAUACAUUCAAUGCCGGCUUAGUGAUAUUCGCCGCAACACAUGUCGCGCAUGAUGAUUGCAAAACCGACACGGAGCGAUUUUCUCGUUGGAAGUUUGUCGAAAAGUCCCUGCCGUACUUCAACAUGGCCAUCGAAGCGUUACAGAAUCUAGAUCGUGGAAAUCGUGUUGUAGAACGCUGCGUCAGCUAUCUCUCGCAACUUAGCUUGGCACCCUUGGGCUCAGCCUCAUCAGAUUUACCGUCACAUGAUUAUAGCCAUGAAACCACCCAUCCUGGGGAGGCUAACGGAAGCAUUGGUCAUGGAGCACCUACAGUGAGAGUUUCAAACGGUUUCAUGGCCCCAAGGCAGAUGCCAAUGGAAAUCGACCUGAGCGAGUUUAUGCUGGACACCGAUUUCGACUUUUUCAAUAGAAAUAUGGAUGUGAAUCAACACUACUAA